AUGGUAAUUUACUAUAUUUUAUUGGAAACUUAAGCAAUCUAAAAGCAAACUUUAAUUAUACAGACAAGCUUUAAAUAUAGGAGUGUCUUUGUUACUCUACAUAAAGUAUUUCUAAGGAACAAUUAUUAAGCUAGUUAUUAAAUAAGAAAAGCAUAUAUCAAGAAAAUUUGCAUGCUAUAGUUUACUACAGCCCUUCUAAUACUUAGUUUUUGUUAGAAAAUAUUUAAUUUUUAAAAGAAAAUAAUGUUGAUUUUAAUAUUUCUUCUGUUUCUAAACACAUUGCUUUUGGGAAAAAGACUUUAAAUGAACUUUAAAAAUUUAAAGAAAUUCAUAGUAUUUCUGAUAGUCGAGUAUUUGUAUGUGAAAACUCUACUUUUGAUGAUAUUUUAAAAAUAUUAUCUACUAAUUUAUGAAUAUUUAACUUAUUUUAAAUAUUUUAAAGUAGAAUUUAAUUAGCAUUUUAUACUUGUAAAAAAAAGAUUUUGUUUGUGUACUUUUCUACUUUUAAAAGAUUUAUAAAAAGAUCUACAAUUUUUAGUCUUAUUUCCAUUAUUAUUUUGUGUAGCUCUGUUUUUCAAUUAAAAACGGGUUAGAAAAAAAAAUUAAAAAUUUAGGUUUAAUUAACAAAAUAUUUGA